AUUCACUCUUCUCUCCACGGCCCUACCGUCUUUGUGAACCAUGGCAUUUCAUUUCGACGAAACUCGCAAGUAUAAGAUUAUCAAUGUGAAGGGUGGCACGUACAUGCGAGUGGAGGCAGCAACUGUAUCUGGAUGGGACUUCAACCGUCUCCACGAGAAUGAGAAGAUUUCCUUCCUUUGGACCAUCGAGAAAGACAGGCGCGAUGGUCAGAUAGCAUUGCAGUCAGACGACGGAAAGUAUCUCGGCUUUAUCGGUAAGCCAGAAGAGGUUAGGGACGGAACCACCCUAAUCCUCGGCUCCCAUCCCACCUUCUGGGAUGUUCAAUUGGCCGAGACGGUUACCAACGAGGCUCCGGCGUAUAAGAUCGUCCUCCCAGGAACCGAUUAUGUCGUCGAUCUCUCUGACGACGGCAAUUCGAAGGAUGGCACGAUCAUUCACCUUUGGAAGAAACACUCACAACCCAAGAACCAGGAAUGGCGUUUCGAGCAUGUAGAAGAAGGACGUCCACAUCACGCCUGAAACCUGAAUUGUAUUCCACUUGUACCGUUGUGCCAGACCAGCAUAAUGUCGAAUAUCGAACCUCCUCUUCC